AUGGAGCCCCAACUUCAGCAGCUGAUGGGCAGUGAAUCAGCCACAUUUCGGGGCAUCCAAGGGGCGGCCAUGGAAGCCAUCCAACAGGGCCAAAGUCCCAUUGUUGCCGUCAUGCCCACAGGCAGUGGCAAAAGCAUGUUGUUCAUGCUGCCGGCAUGGGUGGCGCCCCGGGGUACCACAAUUGUAGUAGUCCCAUUGAUUGCAUUACGGGGGGACUUGCAGCGGCGGUGUGCCAGACUGGGCAUUGUCUGUGUGGAGUGGGAGAGCCGCCAGCCCCCAGAUGAAGCUUCCAUUGUGCUGGUCACCCCCGAGUCAGCCAUCACCGAGGAUUUUAUGACAUUUUGGAACCGGCAGCGGCUGCAGCACCGAUUGGACCGGAUUGUGAUUGAUGAAUGCCAUGUGAUGCUGAACCGCCAGAAGGAUUUCCGGCCGGCCAUGGCCCAGCUUGGCCGGUUGACUGUGGCCCAAACCCAGAUGGUUUAUUUGACUGCCACAUUGCCACCAACCGAAGAACGCCAUUUGUUUGACCGGAUGCGGUCCACACCCGAAGCAGUACAGCUAUGCCGAGCCUGCACAUGUCGGACCAAUGUGGCAUACCAGGUUUUCCAGCCCGAGGUUGAUCACCCAUGCCAGGCUUCAUACCAGUGGGUAGAAGCCCCGGAGGUGAUCACAUUCAUUCAUAGCCGCGUCCAGCGGGCUCGGCCAGGCAAGGUGAUCAUAUAUGGUCCCACCAUCCCCGUGGUGCUCCAGAUGGCUGAAUUACUUGAAUGCGAGGCAUAUCAUAGCAAGCAGGUUGACAAGGCCGGUGUUAUGGGCCGGUUUCAAAGUGGCAAUAUCAAUGUGAUAGCAGCCACCUCGGCACUGGGAAUGGGAGUUGAUAUCCCCGACAUCCAGUGUAUCAUGCAUGUUGGGCAGCCCCGUACACUGCUGGACUAUGCCCAGGAGAGCGGCCGUGCUGGUCGAGAUGGGCAAGGCAGUGAGGCUGUCAUCAUCCAACCUGCUGGGAUCGACCCCCCCAAAUGGCAAGCGGAGGGACUCCAACCCCAGGAGAUGGCCCAAGUGGAGCAUUAUCUGGAUCCUGGAGAUGAUGGCUGCCGGAGGGCUGUACUGGACCAUUAUUUGGAUGGUACCGUGAACGGCUACAGGCGGAAUCAAUGUGGAGACUGGGAUGCACCAGGGGCUGAAGAGCAGCGAUGUGAUUGCUGUGAUGGUGGCUGGCUGGCCCAUGAGGCCAUGGCCAGUGAGCCAGGCAGGAUCCAUAGCAAUACACCUGCC